AUGCGUUAUCGGAAUGCGAUUGACGAAUUGACAGAGUACGCGGGCUCAGGGAAGGACGUCAUCGUGAGGCUCUUGUCCGCGCUCGACCCCAAGAAACUCGAGACGGACGACGCCACGUUCGAGCAGAUGUGCAUGGUGAAUAUCACCGCAGAUCGCGAACGACCUCUAGGUGGGGGUUGA